GUAGAUUGCCGUCACCACAACCUUGAUUUAUUCGUAUGCACUCAAUAAAAAAGACGAAAGAGAAGAAAAGGAGAAGUGAAAAGAAACCAAGCCCACACCCAAACAGCGAGAUACAAGGCUCUUCUCUUUCCAUCCCGGAAAAACCAGGCUUCCGCACCACCCAAUCCCCCGAUAGGAAAGCAUUCAGUGAACGCGGCCGACACACGCCCGGCAGACUAGACGAACGAUAGGCUCCACCGGAAUCUCCUGCGCUUAUUAUCUACAUGCGAAUCGUUCUAUCUUUCAGUGGGCCAGACCAUCUGAUUCCGACUGCCUCCCUACCUUCAUCUAUUUAAACCAGAUGCAGUUGAAGAAGUUUACAUGGCUGGGUCCCGUAGGAGUCCGGUGCUGAGUGACCAGUGGAGAGCGUCCAGCAACACUACAGACCAACGAGAUCGGGAAAGGCACAGAUCUCGAGGAUCGCACCGCGACAGGGGGAGGGAGAGAUACCGUGAACGACAACGUCGUCGCCGACCCAAAGGGGGCAGACCCGAUCAUCCAGGACGGUCGCCGCCACCGCGUUCUUUCGCGCAAGCGGAUAACGAAGAACACCGUUCGCACCGUGGAUUCUCCCCUGGUACUGCGUCAGCUCGUGUCUCCCCUGGUCCUCCCCCGUUAGACUACCAACCGAGCCAGAACUUCGGUCGGCACUCAUCGCCCAAACCGACUGAGCAUCCCGACCUAGAUUCACACCAUACUCAAGGGAUUGACAGGCCGACCGAGCGGGACUAUCGCAGAGAUCAAUCUCCCUCUGCACCCCCUCCAUCAAAACGCAAAAGAACACGAAGUCCUUCGCCUGGGCUGUAUCCCCGUCAUUCUACUCAAGAACCUCCUCGCCACCCGUAUAGUAAGCCGGGUGACGACUCUGAGCGAGGUUUUCCGCAUAAACGGGGCCGAGGACGUUUCCCAGCUCGCGGUAGAUCAGGCCGAAGGUCACCGCGACGAGGUAGAGACCGCCGGAAGGACGAAGGUGGUCGACGGAAUUCUUCCCGCCCAAGACACUCAAAAUCUCCAAUUCGUGGUGCGAAAUCUUACAACCACCCUCGUCGGUUGCACAGCCCCCAUCCUGAAGACGAUAUUAGACGCGAGCCGCGACACCGAUCUGUAUCUCGCCAUUCAGCAGAAUCCGUGGGUUCAAGGUUAUCUAUUACCUCCCGGCGGGAAUCUGUAACUAUGCAUUCGACUAGACCAAUCCAGUCUGCAGAUAACUCCCUCAGAUCCCCGUCCCCACCUCGGCCAAUUCCAAACUUUGAUCUUGAUACUACUAGUGUUUUGGUAGAUGGGGAUGCCCCACGUGAGCCUGCUUCGAUGCAUGGGAUGCGGGCAUCUGAUGCACGGGACACCAAGAGCUCAAAUCCCCGUCCGCAUCUUGAUACGAGACAAUAUUCCACGUCACCGCAAUACGUGACCUCGUCUAAUUCCUACCACGGUUCCCCACAAUCUACCUCUCCGUAUUCUGGUGGACGGGGCAGUUUGAUUGGGCAGCAGCCUCCGCAUCCUGGUCGUUCUCCUCCGUACAGGCAGCCACCCACUGGUCCACAGAGCCAGUUUUGUCAAGGCCAAAGCCAAUUUCAUCCGUCUGCGAACCACAUUCCCACAGGUCCUCGUGGGGGCAAUUCCGGCUAUCGUGGAAACUAUCAAAACCAGGGAGGCGGCCGUAGAUUCUCUACUUCAGGCUCCCAAAACUACGGCAAUGCACCCUCCCCGCGCGGCCGGGGUAAUUUUACUAGUUUUCAAUGGAGUGGCCCCGGAUCACGGAAUCGAGGGCCUCAUAGCCCACAUACAUCACACGGGCACACGUCACAAACCCCUCCACCUCCAACAGCUUCAGAAAAUCAGACUCCUAUGGGUCUUGAUCAGGGCGAUGUCGCUUUCAGGCCUGGUGGCCAGGAUCGCCCGAUAGGCGAGGGAAAGCCAGAGACAGAGAUCGACGAUGCCCAAAAAACGCUACCUACGAAUAUAGGACAGCCUAAUACCUCUGCGACCCCAAAUAAGGGAGGCAAAAUCAGUUUUGCUUUCAAGGCGAAGACAACUCCAGCCCCUGCUCCGAAACCCGUUCCCGAUCUGGCACAAAGGAUGCUGGCCCGAGAACCACCACCCCGGGUUGCCGAACCUCCUCGUAAUAGGAUGGCGGGUGGUCCGCCUCCCAAAUUUAAGCCUGAACCACGCUUCGAUCGUCGUGAUCGCGACCGCGAGAGGGAAAGAGACCGACAUCGUGAAAGGGAUCGCGACAGGGGCCGGAAUGACCGGCGCGAUUUCCGGGACCCCCGGGGGUUCCGUGAUCCUAGGGAUAGGCGUGACGGUAGGAGGGAUGAUCAUCGCUUUGAUCAUCGCCAUGACAGGAGAAGAGGUGACAGACAACAGGAUUUCCGUCCUGAACGCCGUCGGGAUCGCUCUCAGGAACCCAAAAAACAACCUAAAAUUCUGACACGACCGAAACCACGUCCCACCCUCCCUGAAGAGUUCGCUAAAUCGGACUCUGUUUAUUAUCGGAAACCUGGAAAUGAAUCUGUCAUUGGAGCUGGCACGUAUGGAAAGGUCUUUAAAGCAAUCCACGUGUAUACCCAGAGGAAGGUGGCAUUGAAGAAAAUACGAAUGGAGGGCGAAAAAGAUGGGUUCCCUGUCACGGCUGUGCGCGAGAUCAAGUUGCUGCAACACCUCCGCAACGACAAUGUUGUGAGCUUGCUGGAAGUCAUGGUAGAGAGGAAUGAGUGCUUUAUGGUGUUUGAGUAUCUCUCCCAUGACCUUACCGGCCUCAUCAAUCACCCGACUUUCACACUUACUGCAGCCCAUAAAAAGGACCUGGCAAAGCAGAUGUUUGAAGGAUUAAGCUACCUUCACCAUCGUGGAGUGUUGCAUCGCGACAUCAAGGCCGCCAAUAUUCUUAUCAGCAACCGUGGGCAACUAAAAUACGCCGACUUCGGUUUGGCCAGAUUUUUUUCAAAGAGUCGACAACUUGAUUACACAAAUCGCGUUAUCACUAUAUGGUACCGACCGCCGGAGCUGCUUCUGGGUGAAACUAGGUAUGGACCGGCAGUUGAUGUUUGGAGUGCGGCUUGCGUGUACGUCGAGAUGUUCACAAAGAAAGCCGUUUUCCCUGGCGAGGGGGGCGAGAUCAGCCAAAUGGAGAAGCUCUACAAUUGCCUUGGAACCCCGACACGAGCAGACUGGCCGGACAUUGUUGAGAUGCCUUGGUUUGAGUUGAUGCGGCCGACUGAGCGCAAGAGAAGGGUCUUCGAGGAGGUGUAUGGGCAAAUCCUAACCCCAGCAGCUCUGGACCUGGUUUCUCAAAUAUUCCGUUACGACCCGACUGCGCGGCCAACUGCUGAAGAGAUACUUGCACACCCGUACUUUGCGUCGGAGGAGCCUAGGCCUCAACAAGCUAUUGAGCUGGAGAACAUUGAGGGUGAUUGGCAUGAAUUUGAAUCCAAAGCCCUUCGCAAAGAGAAGGACAGGGAAGCUCGCCGCGCUGAGUAUCAGAAAGACAAAGAGAAACGGAAAGCUGGUGCUUCAGCUCCCCCCAGCGAGAGAGAAACGAAACGUGCCAAGCAAGACGCCGAGGACUCGCAAUCUUCAGCGCAGCCCACGGAACAAUAAGUCAAAAACGCUUACAUGCGUCGCAUCACUGGGAUGCAAGAUUUGUGUGGGGACUUCACGUUCAAGAAAUUUCCACGAUAAGGAUUAUAGU